UUAUAGGUUAAUUCAAGUCUCAAAGAGAAAUUCGUGUUAGUAUGAACUCGUGUCACAUGUAGAACCAAAUUUUUUAAUUAAAUUUAACAUUUCAACAGUAUAUUAAUUAAUUGAAGAAAGAUGCCGUAUAUUGAUGAAAAAAAGAUAGAGGCUAUAGGUGACAUAUUAAAUGAUGAAAACAGACCACUUAAGGAAAGAUUUCGUGCACUAUUUACUUUGAAAAAUAUUGGAGGUUCAAUAGCUAUCGAACAAAUACGUAAAGGCUUUAAAGAUAAAUCUGCAUUAUUAAAACAUGAGCUUGCAUAUUGUCUUGGUCAAAUGCAAGAUCCUUUAGCGAUAUCUAUUUUAAUUGAAGUAUUAAAAGAUGAUAUGCAGGAACCUAUGGUCCGUCAUGAAGCAGGAGAAGCAUUGGGUGCUAUUGGAGAUACAUCUGUUAUACCACUGUUAGAUGAAUAUAGUAAAAGUCCCAUACCUGAAAUUGCAGAAACCUGUGAAUUAGCUUUAGAACGUCUUAAAUGGUUACAGUCAAAUAAUUGUGAAAAAGAUGUAUUAAAAAGUCCAUAUAUGUCUAUUGAUCCUACUCCACCAGCUGAAACUAAUGAUGUUCGUAGUCUAAAAGUAACAUUACUCGAUGAAAAUAAAUCAUUAUUUGAUAGAUAUCGUGCAAUGUUUGCUUUAAGAAAUCUGCGAACACCAGAGAGCAUCAUUGCUCUCUGUGAAGGUUUAAAAGCAGGCAGUGCCUUAUUUAGACACGAAAUUGCAUUUGUUCUUGGUCAACUCCAAGAAGAAAUUUCUAUACCUUAUUUAAAAGCUUCUCUGGAAGAUAAAGAAGAAAAUGAAAUGGUUCGUCAUGAAUGUGCAGAAGCAUUAGGAGCAAUUGCUACUCCUGAUUGUCUCCAAAUUUUAAAUCAAUACCUUCAAGAUAGCAAGCAGGUUGUCAAAGAGAGUUGUGUUAUCGCUCUAGAUAUGUGUGAAUAUGAAAACAGUUUAGAAUUUCAAUAUGCUAAUACACUAACCAAAGUUGAAGCAUAGAACAUGAUUGAUAUAAAAAAAAAAAACAUGAUUGAUAUUCUUUUAUCUUCUGGAUAAAUGCUUAACAUUGCAAAAAGAUUCAUAUUACAUAAAUGACAAGUUAAACGUUUGUUUUAACAUAUUUUGUACUUAUGUAAAUAAUGAGGAUUUAUAUUUUAACACUAAACCUACCACGACGGGUCAAAUGAUCCUUUUUAAACUUUAGGGCAAAAUUUUUUACAAGAUAUAAUUCUAUUUUGUAAGUUAACAUCAUAAUAUAUAUGAUUUUUUAAACCCGUGUGGUAGAAAUAGAUAUACAUACAGCAUUAGUACGUUUAGUGUUAAUGUAAUAAAGAGAUAUGAUGAUUCAUACGUAGCAAAUAAAUGAAAGGAAGAGUAUAUUAGUAUAAAAAGUUUCAUAUAAAAUAAAAAUACGUAAAUGCUAAGAAUUAAGGAACAUCAAAGGUUAUGCAACAAUUUGCUACUAUAUAUAAAUAUAUUAUGAAUUUAAUGUUUAAGAAUUACUACAAUAAAUCCUUACGAAGUGAA